GUCUACUUCAAAGGUUGAGAAAGAAUCAAAAGUUCCCAUGAUCUAAGGCGCGCUUUUCUUUUGAAUAGAAAAGAAAAAGCAAGAAAACCCGAGCUAUCAACGGCUAACUGCUCUCUCUCCCUCUCUCUCACGAGAAUUCACAGAAGGAAGACGGAGAGAUGAAAUGGGGAAGAAAGAAAUCAUCUGGCCUUUCGCUUCCUCACCUCUUUCCAAUUCCAUGGCUUUCGAAGCUCAAGCUGAUGGGAGGCAAAACCAAACCCCAACCUGCAAAAUCCAAGCAAAAACCCAAACCCAAAUCACCCCAGAACUCAUCCAUACCUGUUUGUUUCAGGUCCUCCUCUCGGCCAUCUGACUGCGGCUUCCGUUCCGUCUCCGACGUCUCCUUCUCGCCGGAAAUUUUCAACAGGAGGAUGGACCGGAACCUGACCGGAUUGGUCGAUCCGGAAGAUGAUUUCUGGAGAUUCUCCUUCCGUAACAAGAGGUUUGAAUGCAGGGAGAGCUUAGGGAGCUUCGAAGACGAGCUUGCAUUUCAGUUCUCGAAUUGUGGCAGCUGCAGAUCGAGCGGUAAAGCUGGAAGAAAAGAUUUUGAUCUUAGGAAGAGGUGCAACCAUUUAUCAGUGAAAUUCGAGAUGUCUCCGCAAAAUCAAAGUUCUGAGAACGAUGAAGACUGGAAUAAAAUGAGAUUCGAGCAUCGACGGAGGCUACUUAGGAAACAUAGGAAAUCGAGAAGAGCAGAUGGAAGAAUUUUAGCAGCAGCAGAAGAAGUUAUUACAUAUAGAGAAGAAUCGGUUCAAGAAGAUCAGAGAUCUCAAAAACAAGAUCCAAAGAUCUCGGAAUCGGAUCAAACGGACAGGGUCCAUUCGCCGAAUUCAAUAAAAUCAUGCCGGAAAACAGAACAGGAAGAAAUUCAGAAAUCGACAGCUCUGGAUUCACAGAAACCAGAUCAGCAAAUCACAAAAGAUGAAGAUGGAAUUCCACGCAGUAUUUCAUCAGAUUCAGAGCAAAAAUCAUCAAACGAUCAGGCAAUUAGAGAUCUCAGGCUGAGGAGGAAAAUCAGACAAAGAUCGAAAGGCGGACCGAAUUCUCCGAGGACUGCUUCAAGGAACGACAUGUGUAAGAUAAGAGCUCUGGAGAAUCUAAAGAAAGCGAAGAAGAAGAAGGAGAGGGAAACAGAUAUAUGCAGAUCAUUCGAGAAUUACGCUGUGGUGAAGAGCUCCUUCGAUCCACAGAAAGAUUUCAGAGAAUCGAUGGUGGACAUGAUCUCAGAGAAUGGGAUCGAACGGCCAGAAGAGCUCGAGAGUCUCUUGGCUUGCUAUCUGUCGUUGAAUUCGGAUGAGUAUGGCGACCUCAUUGUGAAGGAAUUUCAGCAGGUAUGGAUGGAUUUGAAUUUUGGACAGAGACCGUUGAAUAGCAAAGCUAGAGCUGAGUAAUUAUAAUUAGUAAUAUGAUUAGAGCUUAAUUACGACCGUAAUUGCUCUGUAAAUAACAUAUAAUGAUGUUUUAUUAGUUUCUACUUGUUAGUAAAUCUUCUUUCCUGUUCUGAGUUCA